AUUUAAUGAAUUAAAAUGUCAAUUUAUCUAUUAAUUUAUUUUUAAAAUAAUACAUUUGUAUAUUUGAGAACUAUUGACAUACUAUUAAACGUACAAUGAAUUUUAAAGCGAAAUAACCUACUUGUACGUUAUUUAUACAUAACUUACUUGUACCAUAUUUUACUAACUAUGUUACAGAAAGGGCGAAGCAAGUACAUAGCUUAGGAGGAUCUAUCCUGCUCCUCGUUGUCAGGUUGAGAUAAGGUGCCCCACGGUGAGGAUUUGAAAGAAUAAAGGGACUUAAGGGAGCAUGGUUUGCAGUGAAGUUCCUAGCCAAAGAUACAUCCGUUAUUCCUUUAGCUAAAUUCGGUUAUUAUUGUAGGAUUAAAAAGAAAAAUAAAUGAAAAUAUAACCAAUAAGGUGAACGCACAUGGGAAGGUUGCAGGCUCACCCUACAGCCUGGUAUGCAGGCAAAUAUCGUCCUUAUAACAAACCUCCUGGUGGUUAUCGGUCUUUUUGUGAUCUCUAUUGCUCUGCCUGAUUUUCGGCUUUGCAUAAAUAUUCCCUGAACGCAUAGGGAAUACUGUAUCUCGAGAGUUCAAAGUUCCCACUGAUCAAGGCAAGCUGGAGAUAGGAAAAUCAAUGGAGGUUGGCGCCAUGCUUCACAUGAAUGGCGGGGUGGGAGAAACCAGCUACGCUAUGAACUCCUUGUUUCAGCACCGGGUGAUUUUGAUGACUCUGCCGGUGAUAGAGGAGGCGAUCAGUGAACUGUGUAGCGCGAGCUUCCCCGGAGCACUACUAGCCAUGGCGGAUUUGGGCUGCUCCUCAGGCACCAACGCUCUAUUGGUGGCGCCCGAACUGUUGAAGGCCGUGAGCAGAAUGUGCGGCGAGCUAGGGUACCAUCUCCCCGAGUUUCAGAUUUUCUUGAAUGACCUCUCUGGAAACGACUUCAACACUGUUUUCAGGUUCACGGAGAGGUUUCAGAAAGAAUACUUGAGAAGACUCAACCACGAGCAGCAACAAAUUUUUUCUGUAUUCUUCAACGGAGUGACGGGAUCUUUCUACGAUAGGCUAUUCCCGACCAACAGUCUUCACUUGGUCCACUCGUCCUACAGCCUUCACUGGUUGUCCCAGGUUCCUCCAGGGCUGGAGGGGGAAAACAAGGGGAACAUUUACAUGGCCAGCAGUAGCCCAGAGAGUGUCCUGGAAGCAUACUAUGAGCAGUUCCAGAGAGACUUCUUCUCGUUCCUGAGCUGUCGUUCCCGGGAACUGGUCGUCGGAGGGCGAAUGGUUUUGACGUUCCUGGGCAGGAGAAGUGAAGAUCGUGCCAGCAGAGAAUGUUGCUACCUCUGGGAGCUCUUGUCCAUUGUCCUCAACCAGAUGGCAUCGUCGGGAACCAUAGAUCAAGAGAAGCUGGACAGCUUCAACAUCCCACAAUAUACACCGUCGCCGACAGAAGUAGAAGCACAAGUCGUGAAGCAGGGUUCCUUCGCCAUCAAUCGCCUCGAGGUCUCGACAGUGAGUUGGGAUCAAGCCAGCUGCAACAGUACUACCGCCGACGAAUUAUCCCACGAAAACGUCGGCCGCGACAUGGCAAAGUGCAUGAGGGCGGUGGCGGAGCCGCUGCUGGUCAGCCAGUUUGGUUCAUCAGGGGAAGAAGUCAUCGACGAGAUUUUCAGGAGGUACGCAGCCGUCAUCUCGGAGCGGAUGGCCAAGGAGAAGCCUCAAGUGGUCAAUGUCAUUGUCUCUCUCACCAACUGCCGCUUUUGAUGCUAGCUUGAUGACAAAGAUGUGCUUCUGCAUGCAUGCGUUCAUCUCAUCUAUAAGAUGAAAUAAGGAUUAUGGUGAAAUAGGCCAUCUUAUAAGUACUUUGAUUAUGGAGUUGCUUGAGAUUGGUCAAGUUUAUAAAAGGCUUUACAUAAACUAGACAAUAAUUAUUGGUCUUUCAUUGUAUAAUGCAUAUAUAUGAUGAUAAUGAUGGUGAUAAUGGAAAGAUGAGCAGGAUUUAGUUCUAUACUAGCUGUCUAUCUAGUUUGGGGAAGGAUUUUUUUUUCUCAUAGGAAGGAGGCUAAAAGCCAAGAGAAAGAAAAAUUACAUGAGAGAGGGGAAGGAUUUAUUUAAAUAAGAGUGUAAUUAUUGUUUAAUGAUAAUCUAAUAAAAGAAGUUUUUGCAUUUAUUGUCUUUGUUAUCAUUCCAAAAAGUGCGGGUGAGAUCCCAUGCUUAAGUCUAUACUAGACAAAUGGCCCGCGCUAUGCAGCGAGUUUUUGAGGAAAAAAUACCAGUUAAUUAGUGUUAAAGAGUUUCAUUUUCUUAAAUUGUUUUGGACGUUCUUAGAGAUCAAACAAAUGUUUUAAAAUUUUUAUCUUUAGAAAUACCAAAAUAAUAUGGGAUUGAAUUAUUGAUUAUGAAAAUAUAGAUCAUGGUAUGGUGCCAACAAUCAAAGUGGAAACUCCAAAUUCUAGUGCUUUUGAUAUGGACAAUUUAUUUUGGUAUGUAACUAUGAAUUAACAAAACUAAUCAAAGCGUGUUGUCUUCUUUGUAACCGUAGAAGCCUGAUUCAAAAUUGAACAUAGUAUUUGAAAUUUGGUCAUCUCAAUAAAAUGUAAGUGAAUUAUCCUUAAUAUAUAUAAGACCUUCCAUAACAAUCCCAAUAUACGAUAUUCAAUUCAAAAUUCUUAAGAUUAUAGAUAAUAGAAAUUAAAAAGAUGGCACUAGAAUAUGACGGGAUAAUUCAUAGUAUGAAACAUGGAAGAUACUAAGUUGUACGAAAUAAUGAGAAAGAUUGUUUAUAUAAUGAGAACGAUCACUGAAGAUGAAACUGAAGCUGAACUAAUUUUAAUGGGGAGAAUGAACAACCCUUGAGUUAUACAGUGUACCAUAUGCAAACAACUAAACCCUUAAAACACUGGGAGAAAAUAAGAUUAAGAAGUGCACUAAUUGAUUAAGCAACUAAAUUCAUUAAUUAAUAGUAAAUUUCCAUGUGAUCAAGUUCGCCUUAAUAUUAAUCAAGUUCCAUCUUAAUGCUGAGAAAAUUUCCUAAUUGAUUAAGCAACUAAAUUCACUAAUUAACUAUCCCAAAAAAAUUGACACUAAAGAUAUCAAAAUCAAUUAACAAAAAAAGUAUACUAACAACAGCUAAAAGGUCCUAAAGAUGAGGUUGGUCUUUUAGUUGACAAAGAUAUAUUAAAAUUUGUGGAAUUUGAAUAUACAUAACUUCGGCUCAAUUUCCAACAUCGACAACAUUUUGCAGUUGGCUUCUCCCCUCUGCAGAAAACACAAAAAAACCUGCAAAUAACACUAUCAAAGUCCAGAAGAUAUUAGACCUUUUAUCAUUUUUACAAUUUCAUUUUUAAAAGGCUUUGAACUCGAAUAAUUGGUAUCCAAUAAAGAAAACAUCCUAUCUUUAUUUAGGUUAGCUCUCCAUAAGUGUAUAUUGUCUCAAGGUGUAAUUAUACACUGCAAUGCCUACUAACCAUUCCACUUUCAACAUUUCCUGCACUUCAUAACUUUGUAGUCCAUUCAAUUCUACCUAUCCAUAAGGGGAACAAAAUCCCACCAGAAUUUAUCACAACUAUAGCUACGAAGCAAGAAUCAACACCUCUUCGAUAUCACUUUUUUCCAGCUUCAGAAAAACAUUAUAGGUCCAAAGUGUAGUGACAUACUGCAAUCAAGACAAUUAAAGAAU